UGUCAGUCUUAACUUACUGAGAACUUUUUGCCUGGCUAAACAAUGUAUUACCAUCGUAUCCAAAGGAGUUCAGUAAAGAAAUGCCUGCACCGGACAAACUUGACGCGGAUUCAGCAUGGGGUGGAAGCGCGAAAGGCCACAUACUCGGCUCAUACCCCAACAAACUUGCCCGAACCAACCAUGUCUACUGGACAACAGAAGCCGAUACUAGUCGAUAUCGCGGAACGCAUCAAGUGUCCAAUCCAGGCCCCAGUCCAUAGUUGGUCAAGGCUUUUCCUUCGCGCCAGCACCGUAUCCUUGCGCGUCUUCUCGCCCCAUUCUUGGGACCUAACAAUCGCUGCUGGCCUGAGUUCCCCGACAUCUGCGGGCCGCUUCGCAUUGGAACACUGGUCGAGUACUGGCGCCAAAAAUUCAGGGCUGACCGUCCGUAUCUGCAGUUGAAGGAUAAGCGGUCAAUCAUACCGCAAUCCACUUUUCUCUCGACGAUUUGUACGUACCCUACCAAGACUUAUCAGCACCCCUUUUCAUCAUAAAGGAUAGUC